AUGUUCCAAGUUAAAGAGUCUCUCUUAUUUCGGUACCGUAUUCCGAAGGAGUCUCUAAAAGACAAGUUAUUAAACGAUCGACAGAGACUGGUCUGUGAAUUAAUUUUAACAACAAAGUGGCUAGAAUUCAUCGCCAAAAGAUUACACGGAAGCCUGGAUGCACCCUCGAUUCCAACACAUGAAAAGCGUUCCAAAUCUUUCUCAUGGGAGCCUGAUUCUACUGAUAACAACUAUCCACCAGCUGCGGCCGUUAAAGCUCCUUGCCGGCCGAGGUCAACUAUCUUUGAGAGUGAAAAGAGUAGUCGCGUUCCACUGCAAUUCAGUCGUCCGAAGCGCCCAAAAAGCGAAUCAGCCUUUGUCGAUCGUUUUGGAAAUUUGAAGGAGGACAGCGCUGAGGAGGAAAAUGAAAGCUCCAGCUUACAAAGCACAACAAACGACGAAGAGGUGGAUCAGUCCAGGAAGCUGCGGGACCUGCAAACACUGGCGUCACUUCUUUCCGAAGCUGCUCAUAAAGCAUUACUUUCCGCGACAUCAAACGCCGACGUUGAAGAAAGGCACCCUGUCUUCGCCGUGGGGGGUGAGCGGCCUGUGAUCAAACAGAAGGAAUGUGCCCCAACCUCGGCGGAGGCACAAAAGGAAGAUUUGGUCAUCCUUAAACCAUCUGGAAGCACUGAACCAAGCAGUCAAGGCGUAGAUGCCACACACCCACCAAAACCAGCCACGGACAUCAGAACAGAGGAGCAGGAGGGUGGUAACAAAGAUGAAAACGACGCCGACGCUCAGCUCUCUAACUCGAUUUCAGCUGUCUCCGGAGCCACUGAUAAAUAUGACCCGGUAGGACUGCCUGACGAUGGUUGUGGUGGAGACUUUCGGAUAGUAGCAGAUGAAAUAUGCAACGAGGUAAUCAACGUGGCCCAAUCCUUCGAAGAUGAGGUUGAAGCGGCAGCAACGGAUCUGGUAGACAAUGUCCUCGCCUGCGCUUGUGAAAGACUUAAUGAGCAGCCCACCCCUAGCCCGCUGGAUCUGCAUACCGCAGAUAGUGGGAUGGGGUCUCUUUUGGAGCCAAGUACGGUGAGUGAUGAAGAAAGAGGAGGCGACUCGAAAGUCUCCAGCUCUAUACCACGAACAGAACCGAAAAGCCUCCCGGCAGAAACCGCAGAAGCAGCCGUCAAGAAGUUACAAGCUCUUGACGUGACCUGUGAACCAGUUGUUAUCCACUCUGUCACUCUUCACACCACAAUAUCUGGUGGCUACCCUGAAGAAGCCAACGAAAACAAAUAG